AUGUUCAACAAGCUGAGGAAACUCUUCGGCUUCAAGUCCACGGUGGCCCAGAGCCCCGGGACCGUCCCAGCAACGCCUGCUGUGAACCCAGCUUCGACCCCGGCCGCAAGCCCAACCCCAACGCCUCCGCCUCCGCAGGAAGAAAAACCUCCUGAAAAGAAUGAGGAGCCCAAGAAUGAAGAGAAGGCCAAACCGCCAGAGCCAUCUCCCUCCCCAGCACCUCAGGAGCCUGCACCUGCCCCCCCAAAGCCAGAAGAGAAACCAGCCAACCCCACUAACAAUGAGCAGGCACAGGGAGAGGGUCAAGAAGAGGCUCCACCAGCUCCACUCCCUAUAGUGGUGAAUAGGUAUGCGGAUGAGCAGCUAAGGAACAUUGUCAGACGCCUGAGGGAAAGGACAGACCUCUACAAGGAGAAGGUCAUCGACCCCUACGCCUCUUCUCCUGAACACAGCCCCCCUGUCACUCCAGUUUUGAGAAAAUGUGAUUUCAUUAAGCGAGAGGAGGAAGAAAGAAAACGGAAAGAGGAAGAGGAAAAGAAAAAAAAGGAAGAAGAGGCUAAGAAGGCGGCAGAGAAAAAGGAAGAGAAAAAAGAAGAGAAAAAACAGGAGGAGAAGAAAGAAGCUGCACCAGAAGCCCAACCGGAACCCUCCCUCUGUCCAAAGAUCAGCUUCUCCUGCAUCUUUUCUGGUAUUUUUGCUGUGAUUGACGUCCUACUCAAACCCCUGGAGGAGAAGCUGGACACAUGGCUGGAUAAGACCAUAGACCCCUUCACAGACCGCAGGUACAUCUCCUGGCUAAGCGUGGUGACAAUAGCCUACAACUACAACGUUUGGUUCAUCCCAGCCCGUCUGUCCUUCCCUUACCACACACCAUGGAGCAUUCCCUUCUGGAUCUUGUUUGAUAUUCUCGCCGACAUUGUCUAUAUUGCCGACAUUAUCAUCUUCCAGCCCCGACUGCAGUUCGUCAAAGGCGGUGAUAUCAUUAAAGACAGAAGUUUGACGAAGUUCAAUUACAGAGGAUCUGCCAGAUGUCAGACGGACGUCCUCUCAGUCGUACCCUUUGAUGUGCUCUGCCUCCAGUUUGGAUUCACGUCCUUUUUCAGAGCAAAUCGCUUCCUGAGGCAAGAGUCUUUCUUUGAAUUCAGUGACCGUCUGGAGAGCAUCAUGAGCAAAGCCUAUAUCUGGAGAGUUGCCCGCACCAUAGGGUAUUUGCUCUACAUCUUGCAUCUCAAUGCCUGCAUCUACUACACGGCGUGCUUGUAUGAGGGCAUUGGCACCACCAAGUGGGUGUACGACGGCGAGGGCACAGCGUACCUGCGGUCCUACUACUUUGCCGUGCGCACCCUCAUCAACAUCGGAGGCCUUCCAGAGCCACAGACCCUCUUUGAAAUUCUAUUUCAGAUGUUAAACUACUUCAUAGGUGUCUUUGUGUUCUCCAGUUUGAUCGGUCAGAUGAGGGAUGUCAUUGGGGCGGCGACUGCGGGCCAGACCUAUUUCCGCACCUCUAUGGACAGCACAGUGGCCUACAUGAACACCUACAAGAUCCCCAGACUGGUGCAAAACAGGGUGCGCACCUGGUACAACUACACCUGGGACUCCCAGGGCAUGCUGGAUGAGUCAGAGCUGCUGGAGCAGAUGCCACUGGUCAUGAGAACAGCCAUCGCCGUGGACGUCAACCUGAGUACCUUCCAGAAGAUCGACCUCUUUAAGGGCUGUGAUAACCAGAUGCUCGUAGACAUGCUUCUGAGACUCAAGUCCAUUAUAUAUUUGCCUGGAGACUUUGUGUGCAAAAAGGGAGACAUUGGAAAGGAGAUGUACAUCAUCAAGGCUGGAGCUGUGCAGGUGGUGGGUGGGCCAGACAACAAGACCGUGUUUGUGACACUGAAGGCUGGCUGUGUGUUUGGAGAGAUCAGUCUGCUACAGUCAGCAGCCAAUGGUGGAAACCGGAGAACAGCCAAUGUGGCGGCCCAUGGCUUCGCCAACCUUUUUGUCUUAGACAAGAAGGACCUCAAUGACAUCCUGGUCCACUACCCAGAAUCCCAGAAGGUGCUAGCAAGGAAGGGAAGGAAACUAAUGAAAGCCAAGGGUCCAGCCACUGGGGGUCCAGCAGAGCAGAAGAAGGGCUUGGCCUUGUUCAAUGAGAGGCCCCCUACUCCCAAGAUGUUGCGUGCCUUUGCAGGAUUUGGGAAAGGGGGCUUCCUGGAAAAGCUCAAGGCUGCUGCUGCUGCUGAAGCCAACAAGCAGUAG